UCCCCCCCGCCAACGCCGCCGCAGCCCCCGCCGGGUGCAUGAGGUUGAUGCUACUGUGCUGCACCUGGAGGGACGAGCAUAUGGGAGACGAGGAAGGAAAUGACUUGCCUCUCUGCGCCGACUGUGGCCAGAGCAUCUUCGAUGGGCAGUACCUCCAAGCCCUGAACGCCGAUUGGCACUCCGACUGCUUCAGGUGCUGUGAAUGCGGGGCCUCCUUGUCCCAUCAGUACUACGAAAAAGAUGGCCGUCUCUACUGCAAGAAGGAUUACUGGAUGCGCUUCGGGGAGCUCUGUCACGGCUGCUCUGAGCAGAUCAACAAGGGGCUCAUCAUGGUGGCCGGGGAGCAGAAGUACCACCCGGAAUGUUUCAUCUGCCUCACCUGCCGGGCCUUCAUCGGCGACGGAGACACCUACGCGCUGGUGGAGCGCUCCAAACUCUACUGCGGGCGCUGCUAUUACCAGAUGGUGGUGACGCCGGUGAUGGAGCAGAGCCUGCCCGACUCUCCGAGCUUCCACAUCCCGCACACCGUCACCCUGGUGUCCAUCCCCGCCUCGGCCGACGGCAAGAGAGGCCUCUCGGUGUCCAUCGACCAGCACUACGGCGCCCCGGGCUGCGGCUCCGACUUCCCCCAUACCGUCCGGGUGCGAGGGGUGGACCCCGACUGCAUCAGCCCGGACAUGAAGAACUCCAUCCACGUCGGGGACCGCAUCCUGGAGAUCAACGGCACCCCCAUCCGCCACGUCCCCCUGGACGAGAUCGACCUGCUCAUCCAGGAGACCAGCCGGCUGCUGCAGCUCACCAUCGAGCACGACCCCCACGACGCCCUGGCCCGCGGGCCCGGACCCCCGGCCAGCCCCCCGGCGGACCUGCACAGCCCCCCGGCCCUCACCCCGGCCCGCACCCCCGGCCCCACCGACCUCGGGCCUCCCUGUCAGAGGCCCGUCCUGCGCAGCUACAGCAUCGACAAGUCCCCCGGCUCGGGCUCUCCGGGCUCGUCGGGCUCCCGGGGCUCCCAGCCUAACAACCUGGGCCGCUCCGGCUCUCUCCGGGCCGUGUCCCGCACACACCGCGUCUUCCGGCCGUCGGACCUGAUCCACGGCGAGGUGCUGGGCAAGGGCUGCUUCGGGCAGGCCAUCAAGGUGACGCAUCGGGAGACGGGAGAGGUCAUGGUGAUGAAGGAGCUUAUCCGGUUUGAUGAGGAGACGCAGAGAACCUUCCUGAAAGAGGUGAAGGUGAUGAGGGGCCUCGAACACCCUAACGUCCUCCGGUUCAUCGGCGUGCUCUACAAGGACAAGCGGCUCAACUUCAUCACCGAGUACAUCAAGGGCGGGACUCUCCGGGGUCUCAUCAAGAGCAUGGACAGCCAGUACCCGUGGAGUCAGCGUGUGAGCUUUGCCAAAGACAUCGCAUCUGGCAUGGCCUACCUGCACUCCAUGAGCGUCAUUCACCGGGACCUCAACUCCCACAACUGCCUGGUGCGAGAGAACAAGAGCGUGGUGGUGGCGGACUUCGGCCUGGCCCGGCUCAUGGUGGAGGACAAGGGUCAGCCCGACCAGCUCAAGACGCUGAAGAAACCGGAUCGGAAAAAACGCUACACCGUGGUGGGGAACCCAUACUGGAUGGCUCCGGAGAUGAUCAACGGCCGGAGCUACGAUGAGAAAGUGGACGUGUUCUCCUUCGGGAUCGUCCUGUGCGAGAUCAUCGGCCGCGUGAACGCCGACCCCGACUACCUUCCCCGCACGAUGGACUUUGGCCUCAACAUCCGGGGCUUCCUGGACCGCUACUGCCCCCCCAGCUGCCCCCCGAGCUUCUUCCCCAUCGCCGUCCAGUGCUGCGACCUGGAUCCCGAGAAGAGGCCGUCCUUCCUCAGUCUGGAGCAGUGGCUGGAAACCCUUCACCGGCACCUGGAGCUCCGCCUGCCCCUGGGGUCGCAGCUGGAGCAGCUGGAGCAAGGCUUCUGGGCCGGCCACCGGCGGGGGGACGGCGGGCUGCCCGCCCACCCCGAAGUGCCGGACUGAACCUCGCGGGCGGCGGCCCGGACCGACCGACCCUGUAAAUAGCCAGCAGCUCGCCCUUCCGCUCGCCCCCCGCACGGACUCUCCAUCCCGCCUCUCUCGCCGUUCAGGGGAACCCCUGCUCCGUGGCAGGGUCCAGACUGGGGGCGGAGGGGUCCCGGCUCUGGGAGCUGACGGGGGGACGGGGGACCGUGGGAAGAGUCCCGGGGUCCCCUCCCCCCAGCCGAGGGAGUCGAGGAUCCGGGGCUGGGGGUGGGGGGAACCAGCCCACCCACGCCCCACGCCCUCCCAUCUGGGUUGCGUUGACCCCGGAGGGGAGGGGGGAUACCCCAGCUUCUGCCUCCUGCUUCUGGCUCCCUCUCCCACCCCCUGGCAACUCCCCGCGUACCGCUACCCCGGUUGCUGCCCCUCGCCGCUGCCCAGCUCAGGAUGGGCGGGGGGCAUAUCCACCUCCCCCACCCCGGCAGGCCACGCUGCAGCUGCUGUUCUGCCCCCCCCCGGUCGCCCCCCACGCCCUCCCCUCAUCCCACAAGUCAGAAGCUGCGUGUGUGAGCGAACCUCCUCUCCUCCCCCUGCCACAUCUGAGCAGGGAGGGGGAAGCUGAGAUUCCGGGGAAGCCCUCCCUGCCCACUGAGGAAAUGACCCGUGGUCCCGGUGCCCCUCGGGCACGAGGUCGGACAAGGGGCCCCCGAGGGCAGCCGGAAACGGCUCCUCGACCGAUCGGAGCGAUGCCUUGGUUGGGCACGGACUCCCUCGGCAGAGGGUCCCCGGACAGCGGAGCGGGUCGCUUCUUUCGGUCGGACGUCCUUCAGGGGGCCGGUGCCGGGAUGGGAGGGGUCGGGGUCACCCAGGACGUGGGCACUGGGCAGAGGCAGAAGGGCCGUGGUCCUGGCCUCCCGUGGGCAUCUGGGUCUUGGGAAAGUGGAACAGGGAGGCCUGGGCCGGGUGGCUCCACGUGUGUGUGAGUUGGAACAGGGACCUGGGGGCCGGGGAGCAUGAGGGUUUGGUGGCUGUCUCCUCCCUGGAAGGGUCUGACCCCCGGGGUGCGGGGAGGAGGGCUGUCUGGGUCCCUCCUCCAGGGAAGCGGAGAAGCUCUUCCAUCCAUUUUUUUCCUCUUUCUUUUCAAUCCCACGUGCAGCGGGACCUCGUUCCCCGAGUCAGGGAGGGGUCACAGGGAAACUCUCCCGCCGUCCCAGUCGGAAUGGAGGGGAGGGGGAGCGGGAAGGCCGGACCCCCCCACCCACCCCCUCGCCCCCAGCCGCUGGAGCGGAGACCACCCUCCCGGCCGUUCUUCAUGACAAUGAGUUGAUUCCGGUUCCUUUGACGUAGUCUAUUUUUUACAAGAGUCUGUCUUAUUUUUUCACACGGUUGCCAAGGCGACUGCAUUUUUAAUUUUAUUUUUUUUGAGGGGGGGAGGGCGGGGGGCGGGCAGUUUGUCACUUUGCCUUAGUUUAGCUUACAGGCAGGAUCAGAAACUGUGAAGCAUUUCUCUGCGCACUUUGACCUGGAAGGAGAAACCGGACAUUUUAUUUAAAGGAGGUGGACAAGCGGACACCUCCUCUGGGACUGGAUGUUAACUCGGAACGACGACGCCAAUAAAUCAGGAUUUCCCAUC